UCUUUCCUUGAGCGCUCACUGGGUGAGACACUCCUUAGGCGCUCCUCAACUCGAUCCACUCAUGAACCCACACCACUGGCAGAAUUAUUUUCUGGAAAUAGAUAAGAAGAAUUGCUGUGUGUUCCGGGAUGACUUCAUUGCCAAUGUACUACCACCGGUGUUGGGGCUGGAGUUCGUGUUCGGGGUUCUGGGCAAUGGCCUGGCCCUGUGGAUCUUCUGCUUCCACCUCAAGUCCUGGAAAUCUAGCCAGAUUUUCCUGUUCAACUUGGCUGUGGCUGACUUUCUCCUGAUCAUCUGCUUGCCAUUCCUGAUGGACAACUAUGUGAGGAAGUGGGACUGGAGGUUUGGAGAUAUCCCUUGCAGGCUGAUGCUCUUCAUGUUGGCCAUGAACCGCCAGGGCAGCAUCAUCUUCCUCACAGUGGUGGCUGUGGACAGGUAUUUCCGGGUGGUCCAUCCCCACCAUGCUCUGAACAAGAUCUCCAAUCAGAGAGCGGCUGUCAUCUCCUGCGUCUUAUGGGGCGUCACCAUCGGCCUGACGGUUCACCUCCUCUACAAAAAGAUCUUGAUCAGGAAUCAAGAUGCAAAUUUGUGCAGCAGCUUUAGCAUCUGCCAUACCUUCAGGUGGCAUGAUGCUAUGUUCCUCUUGGAGUUCAUCCUCCCCCUGGGCAUUAUCCUGUUCUGCUCCGUCAGAAUCAUCUGGAGCCUGCGGCAACGCCAAAUGGAUAGGCAUGCCAAGAUCAAGAGGGCCAUCAACUUCAUCAUGGUUGUGGCCAUUGUCUUCAUCAUCUGCUUCCUGCCCAGUGUGGCUGUGCGUAUACACAUCUUCUGGCUCUUGCACACCACAGGUACGAAGAACUGUGACAUCUAUCGCUCUGUUGACCUGGCGUUUUUCAUCACCCUCAGCUUCACCUACAUGAACAGCAUGCUGGACCCUUUGGUGUAUUACUUCUCCAGCCCAUCUUUUCCCAACUUCUUCUCCACCUUGAUCAACCGCUGCCUGCGGAAGGAGACGCCAGAUGAACCAGAUAAUAACCGGAGCACGAGCUUCGAUCUCACAGGGAAUCUGACUACUACCAGGAGUGUCCCUGAUGCUUUAAUGGCUAACCCCAGUGAGCCAUGGAGACCCUCUUGUCUGAACCCAGCUUCUCAUUAAGUAAACAAGCCAAGAAGGGAGGUUGUCACCCAGAACCAGGAUCUCUGGAGAAACAGUUUGGCUGGUGCACAGAGUAACAUCAUCAGACCUGGCCUGCAAUUUCCUGGAACUUCCAGAUUCAGAGAAUCAGAUUUAGAGAAGUGGUGUGGCCAUGUGGGCUGCUUGGUUACAAGGUGUCACCACAGGAAUCCUGGGGGAACAAAGAGGAAAGUUAGGUGUCUAAAACUGCUGCUCAGUCUCUGACACUUGCAGAACCACAGGUAGCAAGGCUGCCCACAUUGCUGCCCAGCAGAGUUGGAGCCACUGGGAUGGCUGUCAGCAACUGCAAUUUGCUGGCCUCUUUCCCUCACCUGCCUGAGCUUGCGAUGGUUCUCAACUCCUGGGGUGAUAGUUAAUCUGAUCUGUGGGCUCCAUCUGGGAUAAGGAGAGCUAAGUGAUUGGAGGGGAAUUAUUGCUCCUACAAGGAGCCCAGGCAUCAGGACAUAAGCCAGUAGGUCACCUGCACUCCAUGGGACCAAUUCAUCUUUCUGCCAAGCUCUAGCAGAAAUGGACCAGGACCAGACAAAGAGACUGGAGAACUUUGAUUGACAGUCUGAGUUCCCAGUGAUGGUAAGGGGAUUAGCCCCUAAUCCCUAAAGGGAAGGAAGUACUAAGGGGAAGGAAGGGGAUUUAUGCUACAAUCUGAGGCUAAUCCUUUCCUCUUUUGUUUACACUGAUUUGAAGGCUGAACAGUUAAAAAGGCUUCAGGGAGGAGGCUGCUUCCCACCUGUUUGCUUUCAUCACUAAAGGGGAAAUGCUUCCCAAUGGUUGGAAGGGGAAGCUUUCUCCUGCUUCAUUUGCUUGUGUUUCUGUACUUAUAAGAACUCUACCCCCUCAAUAAACUUAGA